AUGGCACCCAAGGGCAAGGGCGACUCCAAGAAAGCCGAGAAGGCCGCCAAGGCCGUCAAAGGCACCGUGAGCACGAAGGCGAAGAAGAUCCGAACAAAAGUCCGCUUCUAUCGGCCCAAGACCCUCAUCAAGGCGCGGAACCCAAAGUACCCUCGGAAGUCCGUUGAGGGCCGUGGAGACAAGCUCGACAAGUACCGCAUCAUCCAGUGUCCUGUCACAACGGAGUCGGCGAUGAAGAAGAUCGAGGAGAUUAACACCUUGGUCUUCCUCGUCGACCUCAAGGCGACGAAGCCGAAGAUCAAGGAGGCAGUGAAGCAGCUCUACGAUGUCAAGUGCGCCAAGGUCAACACGCUCAUUCGCCCCGACGGGAAGAAGAAGGCUUACGUCCGCCUCACGCAAGACUACGACGCCCUGGAUGUGGCCAACCGCAUCGGCAUCAUCUGA